AUGUGCAACAACCACUCCUUGACCGACCAGGUCUUGGCCAAGCAGCAACAUGGGGUUCUGAAAGUAUGGGCAGACCCUCGCGCCACCAACCGCUUCGACGCGUUCAACCCCAAGCUCAUCAAUGCAGGCGUCUCCGACGCCGAGAUGUCGGACUUCUUCGUGGAGUACACACUCGCGAGCGGCAUCGGGCAGCGGAUGCGAAAGGGAGCGUCGAAGGAGGUUCUCGUUCAGGAGUUCUCGCUUGUCGCUGGGGCGGUGUGGUCCGAGCUCCCAGAGGACGCGGACUUGGGCGAGAGCGCAGCCGUGGUGCUGCUGGACGGGCGCGCGGCGAUGAGGGCCCUUCGGGGCUUCCUGGUCAAAAUCAUCGACGAGACUACCGACAUCGGGAUCUUUCAGGAGCACAGUCGUUUCGAGCAGGAGGCUUUGCGCACCGCGGGCUUCGCCGCGCCCACGCAGGCGAUCGGCAAGAUCUCGAAGCCGCCCACCCAGGUCAUCCAGGCCGUUACCAAGGUGCAUGACCAGAUCUGCAUGACGCUGCGCGCUGGCCUCAUCAAGGAGGCUUCGCUGAUGGACGAAGAGCUGCUGAAGUCAAAGAAGAGGAAGCUCGAGCAGAAGGGCUCUAAUGCGGAGGAAGACGAGAGGACCGCCCUCAUGCAUGGGCGUGCGAUGUCGAUGCUAUCCGAGGCCAUCGCGGCUUGGACGCCCGCGCUGGCAGAGCACUCCCACGGGCUGCGUGACGCGACCGGGGCUUGCAAGCCAUGCGCCUUGCCCGAGAAAGCCGAUAAUGGAGUCUACAAGCUGUCGCAGAGCAUUGCGACUGACGCGGCGGAGAAGCUCAGCUUCGGUAGUGGCGACGCGUCUCGCAUCUACGACGCGAUCGAUGUGCUCGCAGCUGCCUGGCUGAAGUCGGCGUGGAGGCUCGAGUGCGCGACGGCGACCGUGGAGGCGAAGCUGGCCGACUGCGACGGCAACCGCGCCGACUUGGACAAAUUGGCGAGGGAGUUGGGCCAGGCCAUCCAGCGCGCGACGGAGAAGUGCAUGCCCGCUGCCCUGGUGGAUAUGUUCCGCGGCGGCCUCAACGCGCGCGCGGAGAACUCGCGUGCCAAGGCGGAGGCGCUGGCCGUGGAGAUCGGCUCGCAGGUGCGCGGGUAUUUCUACAAAGGGGUCACGCUGAAAGCCACCGCGCUCAGCGGUGAGAUCGACAGGGGCUGCUGGGCUAAGGUUUGGGCCCCUGGGAGGGUUAGCGUUAAUGAGAUGGCGUCCCUGCUUAAAGUGGCAGCUGCAGAGCACGGCGCUUCGCGGGCCCAAGCGCGGGGUGACAUGGCUGACAUUUUCCAGUCGGAGUACGCGACGCUCUUGCAGAAGACGGUCGGCUUCUCGCUUCCACCGAAAGCUGGCGUCGGCGCGACGGCCCCUGCGGUGAUCCGCACGGCCCGCGCGCUGCCGCUCGAGCACUCAUUCGCCAGCAAUUUCACCAGCGAGGCUACGAAGCGCGACGAGAUCGCGAUGCAGAACAAGAUGAGGGACAUCCAGCCCUCCCUCAAGGGAUGGUCGCUGGCGCCAGAGGACUCCCCCGCUGCGCUGGCGGCGCGUUACCGCGCGGGCCUGCGCGC